AUGAACCGAAUACAAAGGCUGAAAGCAAAAGUGUUAGUUAAUUCACACAAUGCCCAAGUUCCAGACCGCUACGUGCGGCGCGCCUCCGACCAGAACACGCUGACCGCUUUGCGAGGAUACGUGUCGGAGGCGGCACACGGCACAGCACAACGUCGCGGCGCGUACUCACUACGGUCUACGAGUAGCGCACGCUGCGGGAAAGUGGACAGUGUUAUUCAAGAACUUAAUAACGAAGGUCAAGUUCAGUUAGACUGUGAAGUUUUCUUA